AAUGUAAAAUAGUUUGCAUUUGGUAAAAUUGUCAAAACAUUGUGUUGUUUACAAUUUAAUUUUGAUGAAUAAAACUUGAAUUUACCUCUCAAAUUGCUAAAAUCUCUUAAAAUGACCACUCCACCCGCUGCAUUAGUAAACCGCAAUAAAAAACAUUUCUUGGGUGUUCCAGCGCCUUUGGGAUAUGUUGCUGGUGUUGGAAGAGGCGCUACUGGUUUCACCACUCGGUCUGAUAUUGGUCCUGCUAGGGAUGCCAACGAUGUGUCAGAUGAUCGGCAUGCCCCACCAGCUACAAAGAGACCCAAAAAGAAAGAGGAAGAGGAAGAAAAAGAGGAAGAAGAGGAUUUGAAUGACUCAAACUAUGAUGAAUUUAGUGGUUAUGGAGGCUCACUGUUCUCAAAAGAUCCAUAUGAUAAAGAUGAUGCUGAGGCUGAUGCUAUUUAUGAAGCUAUUGAUAAGAGAAUGGAUGAAAAGAGAAAGGAAUAUAGAGAGAAAAGAUUAAGAGAAGAAUUGGAAAGGUAUCGACAGGAAAGACCAAAGAUUCAGCAGCAGUUUUCAGAUUUAAAAAGAGAUCUUGUACAGGUAUCAGAGGAUGAAUGGAAGCAAAUACCCGAAGUAGGAGAUGCAAGAAAUAAAAAGCAAAGAAAUCCAAGGGCGGAAAAGUUCACCCCUUUGCCCGAUAGUGUUUUGGCAAGAAAUUUAGGUGGUGAGGCUCAAACUAGCAUAGACCCCAGCUCGGGGCUGGCUAGUAUGAUGCCCGGUGGAGCAACACCAGGAAUGUUGACUCCAACAGGAGAUAUGGACUUGCGAAAAAUUGGCCAAGCUAGAAACACCUUGAUGGAUGUAAAAUUGUCACAGGUAUCUGAUUCAGUGACAGGCCAAACAGUAGUAGAUCCCAAAGGAUACCUUACUGAUCUUCAGUCCAUGAUUCCCACUUACGGUGGCGAUAUCAACGAUAUUAAAAAAGCGAGAUUAUUAUUAAAAAGUGUCAGAGAAACCAACCCGAAUCAUCCUCCAGCGUGGGUUGCCAGUGCCAGGUUAGAAGAGGUCACUGGUAAAGUUCAGGCCGCGCGAAAUUUGAUUAUGAAAGGCUGUGAAGUGAAUCCGCAAAGCGAAGAUUUAUGGCUUGAGGCUGCUCGUCUCAAUCCCCCCGACACGUCUAAGGCUGUAAUAGCUCAAGCUGCUCGACAUAUACCCACUUCAGUGAGAAUUUGGAUAAAAGCCGCAGACUUGGAAACAGAAGUUAAAGCAAAAAGGAGAGUAUUUAGAAAAGCAUUGGAACACAUUCCUAAUUCUGUCAGACUAUGGAAAGCUGCUGUAGAACUUGAGAAUCCUGAAGAUGCUAGAAUUUUGUUGUCAAGGGCUGUAGAAUGUUGUCCAACUGCAGUAGAGUUAUGGUUAGCCCUGGCAAGACUUGAAACCUACGAAAAUGCAAGAAAAGUAUUAAAUAAGGCCAGAGAAAACAUUCCCACAGACAAGCAGAUUUGGACAACGGCUGCCAAACUUGAGGAAGCUAAUGGUAAUCAUCAUAUGGUUGAGAAAAUUAUUGAAAGGGCUAUCAGUUCAUUAAGUUCAAAUGGUGUAGAAAUAAAUAGAGAACAAUGGUUUAAGGAAGCAAUAGAAAGCGAAAAGGGAGGUCACGUUCACUGUUGCAGGGCCAUCGUAAAAGUUAUUAUUAGCUACGGAGUUGAGCCUGAGGACAGAAAACAUACGUGGAUGGAAGAUGCUGAAAACUGUACAAACCAAGGCGCAUACGAAUGUGCGAGGGCUGUUUAUAACAUUUCGUUGACAACAUUUCCAGGCAAAAAAUCAAUAUGGUUGCGGGCCGCAUAUUUGGAAAAGAACCAUGGAACUAGAGAAAGCUUGGAAAGUUUACUUCAAAGAGCGGUGGCGCAUUGUCCCAAGAGUGAGGUCUUGUGGCUGAUGGGGGCUAAAAGCAAAUGGCUUGCGGGCGACGUUCCUGCUGCUCGUGGUAUUUUAUCUCUGGCAUUCCAGGCUAAUCCCAACAGUGAAGAAAUCUGGUUGGCUGCAGUUAAAUUGGAAUCGGAAAACAAGGAAUAUGAAAGAGCAAGGAGGCUGUUGGCCAAAGCUAGAGGUUCCGCUCCGACACCUCGUGUAAUGAUGAAGAGUGCCAAACUGGAGUGGUCCCUAAACGAUUUAGAUGCAGCCACAGCCCUUUUGGACGAGGCGAUUAAAGUAUUUCCCGAUUUUCCCAAGCUCUGGAUGAUGUACGGACAAAUUUACGAACAGAGAAAUGAUUUAAAUAAAGCCUUCGAGGCCUAUAAUUCCGGGAUCAAAAAGUCACCAGGUUCAAUUCCCCUAUGGAUUCUUCUUUCUCGAUUAGAAGAGAAACGAGGCCUUUUAAUAAAAGCCAGAUCGGUUUUGGAAAAAGCCAGAUUAAAGAACCCAAAGAACGACGAGAUUUGGUUGGAGGCCAUUCGGGUCGAGUUAAGAGCAGGUAUGAAAGAAAUUGCGAACUCCAUGAUGGCCAAAGCUCUUCAAGAGUGUCCUAAUUCAGGACUUCUAUGGGCAGAGAGUAUUUUUAUGGAACCUCGACCGCAGCGUAAAACGAAAUCUGUCGACGCUCUGAAAAAGUGUGAACAUGAUCCUCACGUAUUAUUGGCUGUUAGCAAACUAUUUUGGUCAGAAAGGAAAGUUGGCAAGUGUAGAGAAUGGUUCCAAAGGGCUCUGAAAUUGGAUGCAGAUUUGGGAGAUGCGUGGGCGCACUGGUAUAGAUUUGAGCAACUUCAUGGUACAAAAGAAAAACAAGCGGAAGUAAAAGAACGGUGUCUCGCGGCAGAACCGCAUCACGGUGAAUUAUGGUGUAGCAUUUCGAAAGAUAUCAAAAAUGUUGGUUGGAGUACGGAACAGAUUUUAAUGGCGGUAGCCAAAGAAGUUCCUAUUCCUAUUUAAAAUGUGUGUGUAUGUAAGAUUUAAAUUUAUCUAUUCUAGUUUUUAGGAAUAAAAAAAAUUAUAAAUGA